GCGCUUCCCUCUCAAGCCUCACCUGAGCCCCCACUUCCCUGCCAGUCCCGGGAGGAGCCCCGGGUGGGCCUGCAGCCCCUGCUGCCCGGUGGCCAGCCCACUGACUGCCCCUCCCCACAGCCCUCGCGCUGGGGCAGGAACAGGCUCAUCAAUGUGAACCACUACGCCAACAAGAAGAGCGCCGCGGAGAGCAUGCUGGACAUCGCCCUGCUGAUGGCCAACGCCUCGCAGCUGAAGGCCGUCAUCGACCAGGGCCCCGGCUUCGGCUUCUACGUGCCCCUGGUGGCUCUCAUCACCAUCUCCCUGGUGCUGCAGAUCAGCGUGGGCGUGCUGCUCAUCUUCCUGGGUAUGAGCUGGCGGCCGUGCCUGCAGGCCUGCGGGCACCUCCUGGGCGGGGCACUCACCAUCGGAUACCCUGUGAGCAGGGAGCCCUCAGAGCUGCCCAGGGGCGGCGGGGGGGCACCUCACUUCGCCCUGCGGUCCAGGAUGUGCCCCUGAGAGCCCCUCGUGGCUCUGUCCUUCCACCCCGUCCCCAGGUGUGGUCAGGGCUGGGAGCAGCAGGGCUCGGGGCGGGGGUGCCUCCCCGCCUCCUGGCUGCUGUGUGACCUCCUGCGGUUACUUGACCUCCUGCCUGUUGCCCUGACUGUCACCUGAAGUGGAGGCUGGCGGGAUGACCUCUCACAGGACACUCAGGAAGGUGCUGGCUGUGUGGCCGCAGGCGCCAGGCCCCCUGGGCUCCCGUCCGGCCAGGCCCCUUGUGAGCAGUGCACGAAAGCAGGCGUGUCUCUGAUGGACAGAGGCGGCCUGAUG